CCGAAAUGUUAAGGUGACAUAACGCCAAAUUUUCCUUUCGUCAAAGACACAUAGCAUGAAGCCUCGACUGUCGCCAUCAUGUUCAUUCUUAGCACGAUACAAGACCUAAUCCAGCUCAAACCCCAAGACUUCGGCAAGCCCUCCGCCCAAGCCAUCAAAGACGCCAUCAACACCAAAUACAGCAACAAAAUCGUCCCCGGCGUGGGUCUCUGCAUCGCGCUCUGGGACCUGCUCUCUGCAACCGAAGGCCUAAUCGGCCACGGCACCGGCCUUGUCAACAUCAACGCCGAAUUUCGACUUGCUGUCUUCCGCCCAUUUCGCGGUGAGAUCGUCUAUGGACGCAUUAAGAGCAGCAACCCUGAGGGGAUUGUGAUUGAUCUGGAUUUUACGAGUGAGAUUUUCGUGCCGUAUCAGAAUCUCUUUGAGAACAGCAGGUUUGAGAAGAGUGAGAAUGUGUGGGUGUGGAAUUCGGAUGGGACGGAAUUGUUCUUAGACAAGGGGGAGCCGGUACUGUUCAGGGUGGAGCAGGAGGAGUGGAUCGAUCAGAGGCCGACGAUUGAGCAGAGGAACGAGGAUAACGAGAUUGUUGACGAGAGGGGGACGGCGUGGAGAGUGAUUGGCUCAAUGAACCAGGCAGGUCUGGGACCGACACUCUGGUGGGGCGAACAGGAAGAGGAGGAAGGCGACGAUGGCGACGUCGAGAUGGAUGGCACAGAAGAGUGAAUCCCAACAAAAACAAGACUCAGCAUGGGAUGCGUCAACCUUAUAUACCAGGUCAAAAGCACAA